GUGGCGGCUACCGGGCUGGGCCGGCAGGCGGGGAAGGGAGGAGAGGGGUCCGGUAUGGCUGCCAGCGCCAAGUCCUUCCUGGCCGAUGCGGGCUACGGCGAGCAGGAGCUGGACGCCAACUCCGCCCUUAUGGAGCUGGAUAAAGGUCUCAGGUCUGGCAAACUUGGGGAACAAUGCGAGGCCGUCGUUCGUUUUCCCAGGCUCUUCCAGAAGUAUCCUUUCCCUAUUCUCAUUAAUUCAGCUUUCCUGAAGCUAGCUGAUGUUUUCAGAGUUGGAAACAACUUCCUGAGGCUGUGUGUGCUGAAAGUUACUCAGCAGAGUGAGAAACACUUAGAGAAGAUCCUGAAUGUGGAUGAGUUUGUCAAAAGAGUUUUCUCUGUAAUUCAUAGCAACGAUCCCGUUGCUCGGGCUAUUACGCUUCGGAUGCUGGGCAGCAUGGCGUCUAUUAUUCCAGAAAGGAAAAAUGCACAUCACAGCAUUCGUCAGAGUUUGGACUCCCAUGAUAAUGUGGAAGUUGAAGCUGCUAUAUUUGCUGCUGCCAACUUUUCUGCACAAUCCAAGGAUUUUGCUGUCGGAAUCUGUAAUAAAAUUAGUGAGAUGAUUCAAGGCUUGGCCACACCUGUGGACUUGAAAUUGAAGUUGAUUCCUAUUCUACAGCACAUGCAUCAUGAUGCUAGCCUGGCCUCCAGCUCCCGGCAGCUGCUUCAGCAGCUGGUAACAUCCUAUCCAUCUACCAAAAUGGUCAUUGUCACUUUGCACACCUUUACUCUGCUUGCUGCUUCUUCUUUGGUUGACAUUCCUAAACAGAUCCAGCUUUUGUUGCAGUACUUGAAGAAUGACCCCAGGAAGGCCGUGAAGAGGCUUGCAAUCCAAGAUUUAAAGCUAUUGGCCAACAAGACACCACACACGUGGAGCAGAGAAAAUAUUCAGGCACUCUGUGAAUCUGCUCUUCACACUCCUUAUGACAGCUUGAAACUGGGCAUGUUAUCUGUUCUUUCCACGUUAUCUGGGACCAUUGCCAUUAAACAGUACUUCAGUAGUGCUCCAGGAACAGCAGCUACAACUACAAGAUCAUUUGAUUUAGUUAAACUAGCACAGGAGUGCUGUUACCAUAAUAACCGUGGCAUUGCAGCUCAUGGUGUGAGAAUUCUGACUAAUACAUCAGCCUCUUGUCAGGAAAAAGAUCUUCUGCCUUUGGAGCAAGAUGCAGUUUUUGGCUUAGAAGCUCUUCUUGUUCUUUGUAGUCAAGAUGACAGUCCAGGAGCUCAAGCAACCUUAAAGAUGACGUUAACUUGUAUGGUAAAGCUGGUCAAGUGCCGCCCUCACCUGAGCCAGUCAGUAGUUGAAUCCCUGUUGACCCAGUUGCACAGUGCCCAGGAUGGUGCCAGGAUUCUCAUGUGCCACUGUUUAGCAGCUAUUGCCAUGCAGCUGCCUGUCUUAGCAGAUGGGAUGCUAGGAGACCUGAUGGACCUCUAUAAAUUAAUUGGACGAUCUACCACAGAUAAAAAACAGGAACUCUUGGUUUCUCUUGCAACGGUGAUAUUUGUUUCCAGUCAGAAGGCUUUGUCUUCAGAAAUCAAAACAGUUAUCAAACAGCAACUUGAGAAUGCCUCCAAUGGAUGGACAGCCUACAGGAUAGCCAGGCAGGCUUCAAGAAUGGGCAACCAUGACAUGGCCAGAGAACUGUAUCAAAGCCUGCUGACUCAAGUGGCUUCAGAACACUUCUACUUCUGGCUGAACAGUUUGAAGGAGUUCUCCCAUGCAGAACAGUGUCUGGCAGGUUUGCAAGAGGACAACUAUAGCUCAGCGCUUUCUUGCAUUGCUGAGGCUUUAAAAUCCUAUCACAAAGGAAUAGCAUCACUAACGGCUGCUAGUACGCCACUUAAUCCUCUGAGCUUUCAGUGUGGAUUUGUGAAACUCAGGAUUGACCUUCUGCAAGCUUUUUCUCAACUUAUUUGUACCUGCAACAGCCUAAAAACAAGUCCACCACCAGCUAUUGCCACAACGAUUGCUAUGACGUCAGGAAAUGAUCUCCAAAGGUGUGGACGCAUCUCUAACCAGAUGAAACACUCAAUGGAGGAAUUCCGAAACCUUGCUACACGGUAUGGAGAUCUGUAUCAGUCGUCUUUUGAUGCAGACUCUGCAACUCUAAGGAAUGUAGAACUCCAACAGCAGAGCUGCCUGUUGAUUUCGCAUGCGAUAGAAGCUCUGAUUUUGGAUCCAGAAUCAGUAAGUUUCCAGGAAUAUAGCUCAAAUGGAACUGCACAGGUUGAGAGUGAAUAUGAAAGAAGAAUGAUGUCUGUAUUUAAUCAUGUACUGGAAGAAGUGGAAUCUCUCAACAGGAAGUAUGCUCCUGUGUCGUACUUGCAUACAGCUUGUCUGUGUGAUGCUGUCAUUGCUUUGUUGAAGGUCCCCCUUUCAUUUCAGAGGUACUUUUUUCAAAAGCUGCAGUCUACAAGUAUUAAGCUUGCCCUGUCCCCGUCUCCAAGGAACCCGGCAGAACCUAUUGCAGUACAGAACAAUCAACAACUGGCCCUAAAGGUGGAAGGAGUGGUUCAGCAUGGAUCUAAACCAGGCCUUUUCCGUAAGAUCCAAUCAGUCUGUCUAAACGUCUCUUCAGUGCUGCAGAGCAAAUCUGGACAAGACUAUAAGAUUCCUAUUGACAACAUGACGAAUGAAAUGGAGCAGAGGGUGGAACCACACAACGACUACUUCAGCACUCAGUUUCUGUUAAACUUUGUAGUACUUGGUACCCACAACAUCACAGUAGAGUCCUCUGUAAUAGAUUCAAAUGGUAUUGUCUGGAAAACUGGGCCUAAAACAACUAUUUUUGUUAAAUCUCUUGAGGAUCCAUACUCACAGCAGGUUCGUCUUCAGCAACAGCAAGGACAGCCUCCAUCACAGCAGCAACAGCAAAGAACAGCAUACUCACGGUUUUAAUCUCCAGAAGUGACUCUAUAUCCAGUGGUAUUAUAGUUUUCAUUGGACACUUUUUUGAAAGACCUGUAUUUUUAACUUUCUAGAAAGUCUCAGAUGCCAUUUUGCUGCUUUUUGAAUUAUUUGGGGUAAAUUUGAACUUGAUUCAGCAGAGACAAAUGUGUUCAAAUUUAGAGUUGUGCUUUUAACAUAAGAACUUCUACCUGACCUCUUGACUUCUGUUUACAGACUUGUUGCAGCAGACUCCUCAAACGUUAACAGGGGACACUAAGAGCAAUUUGAUUAGAACUUUCUGUACUUUCUUUUUUUUUUUGAAACACAGAGGUUCUAAUGUUAGGCUUAGAGGACCCUUUGUCUACUUACACAGCUGAGUGUGGUAUUAAGUCUGUAUUUUCUAAUAUGAAGGAAUUGGCAGGAAUAUCCAGAAUUUUUAUUUUCUGACGUUUUAAUAGCAUCUUCCAAUCUGGUAUAUGUGUAUUAUUACAAUUCAUCAGCACUGCUUAAUGUAUGCAUCUCAAAGAAAGAAAACAGUUGUAACUCAUUUUUCCUACCUAGUCAUUGUGGUAAGAGACUGCUUGAGGGGUUAUUGUCCAGGAAGUCUUACAAGAGGCACAAUUUUACAGGUAGCAGCAAGAACUGUUUCUCAGAUGAUACAGAAAAGAUAGCUGUGUUGUUUUGAGAUCUUCAUAUAUUUGUAUUUUGAAAGACUUUUGGUUUUGCUGGGGAUUUUUGUUUGCUCUUUUAAGAAGGUAGUUAACUUGCAAGUUAUUUGUACUAACUACUUUGUUUUUUAAAAAGGAAUUUUAUAUACCAAAGCUUUGUAAUCUUGUGUACUCUUGACCAAUUUAAGAAUCUUCAUUUGUACCUCUAUGGAGUAACUUGAAGGAGAAUUUUGCCAAUACUAGAAAUUGAACCAGAAUAAUUUUGGAAAUGUGCUGCUUCAUGCAUAGUUUUCAUGCUUCUUUCGAGGUGUAGAAGGCUGUACUCCCAGGCAGCAGGUCACAUAAUAUGUCUUCACCUGGUUCUUAUAGAUAGGCUCUGCUUAUCACUCUGCAGGAAAGUAGGACCUACUUGAAUGGGAAAGAGAAAGGAUUACACUUCUUGCAGACUUCAGUUUGUAAAUGGUUUCAUCCCUCUCGUUGGAGCAGAAAUUUUCAGUGUUGUUUUCUUAGUAAACUUCUUAGAUACUGCUGUUUCUUCAAGUUGGUUUAACCAUAGAUGCUGACUAGAGCUUGCAGAUUCUGCUCGCUUUAUAUGCAGAGAAUAUCAUAAUGAUUUGUUAUAAGCCUAGUUUUCUUUGGCAUAGCUGGAUGAAGAAUUGUUUUCUCUGUGUUUUCCCGCAAUAGUUGCUUAAGAAAACUGCUUUCUUCAUCUUGGCUUCAGACGAACAACAAAAAACAAAGCAGUCAUGGUAGAUUUUGUAAUAUCUUGGUCAGGCAGUAAUUGUAAGCAGAAAAGAUAAUUGGAGUGCAAGAUGGAAAUAGAAGACUCACAAAACUGAUGAAAAAAUCCUCUAGCAUUCUUCUUAAAUCUGAUUUUUAUUUUGUGCAGGAGACAAACUGCUACUGCCUUUCAAGCUGGCUGACGGAAGUGGUGGUUUCUGUCCCUGCUUUUACAUGCUUAGUUUUGUGUGUGUGCAUGAAGUUUUGUAUGCAUAUAUCUAUGGCUACAUAUAUAUUUUGGACCAUUUUAUGUUGCAGAAAGAGGUGAUUCUCCUAAUGUUGUGCAUGCAGUCUGUCAGAUUUAAUAUGUGGACUGUUUGUGGUUGGUUUUUUUUUUUCAUUAAAGUCAUAGAUCACUGUCUUAAUCACAAAGCUCUCCUUAUUGUAAUGCAAAAAAAAAAGUGGCUAAUAGGUCAAACAGGUUUUUUUUAUCCUGUGUGAUGAAUGUGUUUCUUGCUCUGUUAUUGACCAAUAUGUUGCUGGAAACCUCUGAUGGCAGCAUUCCAAAAAUUUCAGAAAUGAAACAAAAUUUGCAUGUUGGGGAGCAGUCUUUUCUUAUAAAUCAUAUGAUGUUCACAGUGCACAGCAAAACUUAGGAGAAGUGUAGUAGAGAGAAACUUCACAAAGGAAAUCCCUGACCUGUCCUGAGGCCUAAUUGUCUGUGAGUGAGUCAGGGUUACCCUGCUGCAGUUGAAAAAAUUGUUUUGUGUCCGAACAAGUUUGUUCAGCUGAUGUAGAACUCCAGGAAUUUGUAUGGGUUUUGGAACCAGGCAAAUAGUAACUGAAGUCUGAGAAUCUGGAUGCUAAGUGUGCAAGUUUGAGGUGUGAGGGUAAAUAUCUUCUGGAAAAUGGCAAGUAGUAGUUGUUGGAAAUUAGUUUGUAUGGGAAAGUGGAUUGCAGUGCAGAUAUCUGUAUUUCUAACAAAUUGUGAAGAACUUCUCAUGCUGGCUGACUUCCAGCUUAGUUAUAUCUGCAUGCUGAUCAGGAAACACCUUGGACCUGUUAUUAAAUCAUCCUCUUACGUAAGCAUAGUGUUUCAUGUUACAUGGGGUUUGUAGUGAGGUUAUUCUUUGGGUGGGUGUUUUGUUUGUUUUCAGUCAUUGUGUAUUUUUAUUCUUACACUGUGAAACACACUUGGGAAACAGGAAUCAAGACACAUGGAAAUCAAUGAUGUGGAAUACACAGAGAAUUGGGCAAGGGUGUUACAGUUAGAGCAGUGUACAGAAAGCUGUUGUUGGAGCGAUCAGCAGUGAAUGUGAUCCUCAACUUAAUAGAAGCAGGGAGGUUAUUUUGCUUGAAUCCUGCAUUCUGUUUCUGGUGCCCGUACUUGAAGAUGUGUAGCAAAGACCCUGGAAAUUAUGUGGACCCAAAUUAAGACUCCUUAGUGUUUCUCAAUAAACAAAGCAGUAACUUGAUCACUUAUGCAUAGUUGCUGAUAAUGGAAGACAAUUCAGAUCUUGUUCACUAACUGGUAAAAGAAAAAAUAGUGGCUAGACGUUGGUCUUGAGGCUGCUGCUAAGAAUCGAAACAACAAAAAGGCUUAUGCAGAUAGUUACAGCAUUAUCUAGUCUUAAUGAUUAGUAUCGGCUUUCCUCUGGCUCUAAAAAAUUCUUGUCUGGGAGAGGAUGGAGAUGAUAUGUUCUGCAUUAAGCUAAUAGUAAUUGAUGCUUAGACUCUAGAGUCUGACCUGACUUCUCUGUGUAUGAUGUAGCCAGUUACACUCAGAAGUAAUUAUUACUCACGUUCUUAUGAACCUGUGCUCAGACGUAACAGAAAGUGUCAUUUGUAGACUCUUGGCUGACCUCUUCCCCAAGGCAAGCGCAACUCAGCAAGGGGGUAGGAAAGGAAUUUCCCCAGUCAAAUUCUGCCUUCCUCUGGAGGUUAUAGUAUAAUCUCCUGCUCAUGUCAUUUGAGUAUGUUUCACAAGUGAUUCCCUGAGUUGCACUCAUUGUGAGUAUUCAUGGCAUCUUAAACUUCCCUCCUUUUUGCAUUUUUGUCUCCUUGGAUAUGCACUGGUUUUACCUGAGGACUAAAAUGCCUUAAUUUAGCUUUUUUUUAAUUUGCUAGUGGAUAUAUACAUAAUUGUGGAUGUAAAUGCUGUGAAACUGCACAGGAAUUGGACAGGUUUAGAAGCAAGUUCAAUGGUCUUUUAAACUUAUCCAUAAACUUUAAAAAAACUUCUGUAGUGGUGUCACCGUUUUAGUUAAAAAGCUGCCCAAACUUAUUGAAGUAAUUGAUGGGAUUUGCAUGAAUUAUUUUGCAUUUCUGAAAUCUCUCUUGAAUUAUUUUCAAAUACACACAAUACGUGUGUAUUUGUGUUUGAUAAAGAGAUAAAGAGAUCUUGUACAACACAGUAUAGAAGCAUCUUGCCUUGAAGGUAGCUAUGUUUCUGGCUGUUGUCUUUUUGCUGACCUACAGUGCCUUGCUUUCUCCUUGGUCAGCACGUUUACAUACAUACACUUUUAAUUCUUACUAGCAUCUUCUCAAAACAAUCUGUUCCUCCUGUGGCAGUGCAGGUGCAUUCAGGUAUCUGCAUUACCCAAAGCAAGAGGCGGAGGGAGAAGUAAGGGAGGGUAGAGAGGUUGGGGACUUAGGAGCUGUGCCAGCUCACAAAGCAGUUCUGAGUUGAGUAGGGCCCAAGAAGUGGUAGUUCUUUCUCCUCAGCUGCUUGUAACCCAGUGUCCAGCACCAUUGGAGCUGCUCCUGCUUCACCCACAUAGAUGCCUUCAAGGAUGCAAGUUUGGAGACUUAUCCAGAGCUUUAGCCUGUCAACUAGCAAAGCGGAGAGAGUGAGAGAGACAAAAGCACUUCUUGAAAGCAAGGGGAAAACAAGCGUUACAUAGCUCUUCUUACAAGAUAUAUUAUGCAAUGUUGAAGCUAUCUUCUUGGUGAAUUCUUAAGACAGGUGCUGUUUGGUGUUACUGGGAAGCAAGUGCAUCUUAAUGGUGACUCUAGAUAGCUCAUGAGGUUUUUGUACUCCAAGGGGCAUAUAUCUGACAAACAGCAGCUGCUCAAACUCGCUACUGAAAUCACAGAUUACCUGUAUUUCAGUGAGACAUCAUCCCAGUUGCUGUUCUUCACACUUCCAGAAAGCUUUGUGCUGAUUGUCUGCACAGUGCUAAGAAAUAGUAAGUAUCUUCUUAGUGUUCUCAUUUGAUCCAAACUUUGUUUACCUCUUGGCCUGCCCAUCUCAAAGCAGUGCUGUUGAAAUUGGGGACAGCCUGGCUGUGCAUUCAACGGAGUUUUCAGUUAGUCUCACCCUCCUGAUCCUUAGACCACGUAAGAAGAGAGCUCAAUGAAUUUUGAGAGAAAAAUUGUUUGCAGGAAAAGCCUGUAGCAAUAUCUUAAGCUGUUUAGGGUACUGGGCGCUAGUAAAAAGCUGACUUUUCUUGCUGUCAGUGCUGAACCAGUGACCCAGCAGAGCAGCCAAGGAGAUACUGCAGCUCUUCUGUUGUGUAGAAGUAAAACUUAGGCCAUACCCACUUCAGUCUUAAGUAUCAUCCAUUUUUUCCAAUGAAGAGGGAGUCUUACGUUCACAUUACCUCACAUUUUAUUUUGGUGGGGUUUUCAAGAAGUCUUUUAAACUCUGAUUAAUAAACCAAAUUAUUUGGUGUUUAUGGCUGUCAGUAGUGACUACAAAGCUCCAAAGAAGAUCAAGACUUGUGUGGGCUGGCUGAUUUAAAAUACCUUUACUCAACAGUGUAAGUAUGUGUCUUGUUGGUGGUCUGUCUUGCAUCCCUCCCCUGCUUACUGAAAGUACUAAUUUUAGGAAUGCAGUUAAUUUGGAAUUGAUAGCUGUGCAUGCUUAACACACAGCUUCUAACUAUGGGACAAAACCAGUGAGUAGCAGUCGAACUCGAAGAGGCUGUCUGUAAUAGAUGUAAAAUAAAUGGUGUGUGAAUGAGUGGGCUCUGCCAAAGAUAAUGGGUGAAUCUUCAGGAUACAGUUUCAUGCUUCACUUAACACAAUGCAGGCAUGUGAGGUUGCUGAAAGGGGCUCUCUGCUGUGUAUUCCUGCCUCCAUCUUUGCAUCAGAUCAUGAGUUUAUCCAGUUACAAUAGUUGCAUUUUCCUAGGGUGUUUUUCAGCUGAAUCAUAAGGUUUGUCUUGGUUGGCUGUGCAGCAGCUUGAUCAACAGAGCCAGAACAGGGAGGGUGCUGUGCAAGACAAACUGCAUCCUAGAAGGUAACUUUUGGACUGGCUGACUGUGCAUCUGUGGUAUAGUUCUGUAUUUAACCCAGGUCUGGAGGGAACAAUCUGUUAACAUGCCUCUGAACCGUGGCAGUGCCAGUUUGAGAGGGCAGAGAUCACCGCGGUAGUUACCAGCCAGCUGUCUGGCCUUCCCAUCUGCUGUGAGUCACCAUCCACAAGGGAGGCAGCAGAAGGGAAGAAAUGCCUUUGUGGAGCAGUGGAUGAGGCCAAGCCUGAAACGAGUUGUCAGCCGUUGCUCUGGAGUGAGUGAGGUGUGCUUGAAUAUGUCCUGAUUUGCCAGUGGUGCCUAAGGACAAUGAUGGCUGUCUGACUCACCUUGUUUCACAAAAUCCUAAAGUGUGCAGAUGCCAAGGUUCUCCUUUCACAUUAUUUUUUGGCUCUACCGAUGUUAAUCCUACAUGAGCACUUUGAAAUUUUGGCUAAAGCAGGCUUUUAUUACUUAAUCUCAAAUCCACUGGCAUUAGUUUCCUGGGUGUGUAUUUGCAGAAAUUGGUCUGUGCAAAUGACAGUGUUCAAACUAGCUCAUUGGCCCUUGAGUAGAGUGGAAAAACAACAUAGACAGAGACCUCUUGGAGCUAGUCAUCCACUUCAGACAGAUAGGGAAUUCCAGGACCUGUCAAAAUUCACAAAUAAUGUUGUCUGACUUCUGCAGAAGGUCUCUUUUCCUCAUUUAAUGAAGGAGGAACAAAAGCUAUUGUAACUAAUUAUGCCAAUUGUUUUAAGUAAUUGAGUGAAGCUAUUACACUGACAUUUUUUCCUAAACCAUGUGAAUUGAUCCUGUCUGUAGUGCACAAACUCGGAUCUUUUAUUUUCUUUUUGUUUCUCUCCAUGUCACCAGUAAAGAAUCGAUGUGCAUUUUCAUCCCUGCAAAGCAAAAGAUUUACCUGACAGCCUUCUGUGUCCUGUGAGAGACAUGCAGAACCUUUCUUUGUUUUGCCUCUUGUAAGGGUUUGCGUAUUAGGAUGGACGGUGUCUUUGUGAGGAAUUUACGAGGGGAUUAAUUCUGAGUGCAUCUGGGUAGUACAACCCACAUGAUGGAUCCCUUAAAGAGAUUUGUAUUUCUGUUAGAAUAUGUACAGCAGGUUAAGAACAAAAAUAUACUCUGAUUUUUAUUUCUGGAGAGAGCAGGGCAAAACAGGUGAAGCAUAAUGAUAGCUUGAAGGCUGCAAGUUUUGUUGUGUUCCUGAUAUUUCAGGCUGACUGUAAGAAAAACACCUAUUUAUUGUGUGUUGGUUUUCCCAUUUAAACAAAAAAAUAAACAAACCGCAAACUGAAACCCUAAUUCCUUAUGCUUUCCUGUUCAUAGUUUUGGAAAUUCAUUUGUCCUAUGGAAGUACAAAAUACCGUGCUGUUGUUUUGUAGAAGGAUUUUUUUGUUUUGCUCUUGUAUAUGACAAAGGAGGUUCCAGCCCAUGACUAUUAAGUGUGUUGCAAUACCUACAGGAGUUCAGCUUGGCAAGAUAACAAAAACAGUGCAGAACUUGCAUGGCAGUAAUGCUUAGGAGAAAUAAUUUUUUAAAAUGCCAGGCUGAUGAAUCAAUCUUUCUCUGUCUUUUUUUUUUUUUCCUUUUUAUGAAAACUUUUCUAAACAAAAAAGUGUUGCAGAUUAAUUACUCACGUUCUGGUCUGACCUUUAAUGAUAUGAGUGUACUAAAUGGCAGAUGGAAAUGUUGAUGAUUCACUGAAUAUAUUUAUGUAUGUGUGUAAACAUUACCUCACCAGAAAACAGCUUACCAAGAGGGAUGGAUAUGGUACCUUAACAUUUAUUUUCGGCAAAGCCCAUUCUGUAGUAUAAACAUGGUGAGCUCUUGCUGUGAUGAGACAGAUGGAAGAGCCCUCAGCAAUGCGUGCCUAAUCACCUGAAGUGUGCCUUUCUGCUUCUUCUGGGCUUUGUGCUUCCUGGGCACUACCCUUAUAGUCAUAGCUAAUAACAGCACUUAGAGGCGAAUGAUCUACUGGCGAGUCAGCCACCGCUUACCGGUGAGGUAAUGUAGUUUUUCUGAUUCAUGAGUUCUCACCUAUGUCUGACCACUUCUGCUGGCAGAGAUGAGAAUGUUCUUUGAAAUGAAAAGCUACUGGGAGCUUAACACCCUCUUCCUGCUGUAAAUCUCAGACUGCUUCCUGUGUCUCCAAGGCAGCCCAGGGAGAAGUUGGCAUUGGCCACCUUAAAUGCUCUGCUAUGCGAUCUGAAUAAACUAAAAAUGCUACUUUUACCCUAUUGAGCUUUUACUUUCAGCUACUUCUCCACAAUCAUCCUAACCAUGCAUCGUGUUCUGCAUAAUCUUGUUCCUCUUUUUUAUUUUUAGUGCUUGACUCCAGGAAAUGUAGUGUUAAAAAAAAAAAAAUACCAAGAACCAAAUGUUCAGUAAAAUCUGUCCUUCUGACAACAUGGUUAGACAAUUCAGCUAGCUUUGAUUUGGUCUUGAAGUACUCAGUCGAACUGGGCUGUGUCUGACCAUUCAAUGCAUAAAGGAACAGCACAAAUGAAAUUAAUAGGAGUUUUACAAGCCAAAUGUCUUCCACUCAAACCUGUAGAAAAGGAAGUGCAAGUGGGACGUGGGGAGCACUUGUGUGAGUGAGACUUGCAAGCUGUCAAUUUAAAAAUGUAUCACUGUAAUUAUCACCGUGUAUUAUUUCCUAGUCUCCACCUUUUGGAAGGGAAGAAGCUCAGCACCAUCUGAUUGUGCUCAUAGAAAUGUUUACAGCUAACAAAGUUAUAUAUUCAGUGAACUAGUUGUGAAAUAUUCAGAUCUCCGGGAAUAAAAACGUAACUCGUCCUUCACAGAACUACUCUAGCCGGUUUUCUAAAGAAGCUAUGGAGCCUGGGUUAGUUAUAGCAGUUUGGCUGUUUAAGCACCGAUUCAUUUGUACCAGUUCUUAGUUAUGGUGUUGGUAAUGAAGAAUUGGUGGCUGAAAUUACAGGUGGACAGAGGUGGAAAGGGCCUUGUCCAGCAAGAAAGCAGCAAGGUACAGCUGUGCUGCCUGAGGCAUAACUUGUUCACCAGUGAUAUGGUUACUUGAUAGUCUAGAUGGAUUCACAGGCAUAAAAUUUCUAAACAUAAUGUAGACAAAAGUUUCCUUCAGUAUAGGACAAAUCCUGUUAAUGCUGUAGGAGAGCUGACACAGGGCACAAGUUGUUUGCUAUAGUUCUCUAUCAGACCUCUGUUAAAACGAGGUACAUAAUUCAUGCUCAGCAGAGGCAGUCAAGACCAUGACUCAUUUGUGCCACUGUAAAAUAUUAAAACUUCCAGGGCACUUCAGUUAUGAGCCUGCCGGUACAUACAACUUGAUACAGUAAAAUAUUUACCUGUGUUAUCCAGGCAAUGGCAAAGAAUCCAGUCACUGCAAAGAAUGCUGCUUGGGAUUGAUGAUGUCAUUAUUUAAAUUGUUUGUUAUCUCGACUACCCAGGAGCACAAGGAGCUGCAACUGAAUGGGCAUUUACUUAGUAAAGCAUUUUGGAGGUGCAUGAAAGCUUUGUACCUUUUCUUCAAGAAUUUAAGUAAUUGUGCAAGUGUAAGCAAUUGCUACUCUGAAGGGGACUGGAAGGUAAAAGAGAAACUGGAUGAAUUUAUACUUCUAUAAUAGCAGAGAUUAAAGAUGAAUUCUGAAAGAAUUUGAAAAGAAUCUUGAGGUGGUUGAGGGGGAAGAGAUGUUAAGUACCUUUAAUAAAUACACUCAGCAUAUGUUAAAACAUGAAACUAUACUGAUUAAUAACUGAUGUAAAUGUACUUGAUGAUCAAGUCUAAUGUAACAGAAUUUAGAACUAGGAAUAAGAAUCAGGACUAUUGAAUAAGUUCCUUGCUUUAGCUCUUGGAAGCAGUAAUUUUCAGUAAAUACAAAGUAAACAUCAGGCCUGUGACAGAAUACAGAUAACGUGGCUUGCAAAGAUCAUAAGCAGUGUUAAGGAGUCACACUGGAGAGAGGAUCCAGAGUGUCCUUUGGUACAGCUUCACUGAAGGGAAGAGAAAUUUGAAACUUGCUUUUUGAAUACUUCAGCAUUGCUAAAGCUAGAAUCUUAUUAAUAAGCAUCCUUUUAAAUUUACAUGCCUUUGUGCUUGUAGGGUUUUUGUUGGUUUUUCUUUAAUGAAGAAUCCAGUAGCAUUGUGUAACAAAUCCAAGAUUUGAUUUUUUUGCACUUUGUAGGCAGCUCUAUUGAACUUUGCAGACAACAAAUGUAGUUGGGAGUAGGCUUAGCCCAGAACUAAAUGCAUGCAAAUGGCUGUUUAUGUGAAACCAUAGACGGGACUGAAAAAAUCUGAGUAGUCCAGCUCUUGUUUCCUUGCAUAAUGAAGUCACUGACUAGGACGAUCAGAUUAUAUAGAGUAGUCUGUGGCAUAUGUAUAAUAUCUAGGUUUAUAUGAACUGUUUUUAAUGAGUAAUUGAUGUUGUUUAUUAUACAUGAUGAAAACAUAUAAAUUAAUGUACGCUUUGUACCUUGUGAUGACCUUUGAAAAAACCUUGCAGGAUUUUUGUAACUGUUUAGCUAAAAUUCAAUGUGAACCAGAUCAGUUGCUAGAGGCUUGGUAGGAUCCUGGUGGCAUAGCUUACAGAAUGGAUGAAGGGCUCUGUGAAUAAGAUGGAGACUUAGAAAGAAAGAAAGUAGAGAUUCCACUGAAAAGCAGUGGUAAUAUUUGAAAAAUACAGGCUUUCAACUAAAAUGACAAAUACAUACAUUUUUCUGGGUCACUCAACAUUUUCUUAUGGAGCAGAACAUUAAUCAGUUGUGUCUUGUGAGGAUAUUUAAUUUGUCAUCUGAUUUUAAAGAUAGUGACCAGAGACAGUGUGAGGUUUCAGCAGCUGCUUAUCUCUGGACUACAGGAUUGCAAAUUCAAAUUGUGAAGCAAUGUUUUUAUCUUUUUGUUUUGAUUGUAAAGUCGAGUAGUGGUGUUUUCUAAGGCCUCUGGUAAAUACUGGUGAGGGAUGACUGCUUCUGGGUGUGUUGGUUAGAGUAGUGAUUUGCAGAUCUUCCUGAUGUCCUGCAAUGGUUUAGGCUUCUCCAGAAUAUAUUAUGUAGUACAUUUGAGCAAUCUUAUGUAAACACUUGAUCACCUUUUUAUCCUAUAAUCUAUUGCCUUCAUUCAUCAAACUCACAAGCAGAUUUCUACUCAGUUGUGUCUUUAGCUGCUAAUUUGCACUUUUUAUCGAUCUCCUUACAAAUAUAACUAUUUUGUCAUUCCCUUAAGUUAUCUUUGCAGAAGUUGUGAUACUUAAUUUAAGAAGAGAAGGAAGAGCAGAGAGAGCUCGGAAAUGAUGUGCAUGUGUGUGGUGGAGCGAUAGUAGGGGUGACUCUUGCUGCUUUGCAGUGAGAAACAGGCCCUGCCUGACCAGGCUGAGUUAGGGCUGCUCUCUUCCUUGUUCACACUUCACUGGGAAAAUUUAGUGGCCAGGAGCAAGUGUUGAGGUGGUUGGCAGUAUCAUGAACAGCGGAGAUCUAAGUGCAUUUCCUUCCUUGGAAUGUGAGCCUUUCUGCUAUAGAUUUGGAAAUGAAUACCUUAUGCUUGCUUGCAGUCCUAACUUGUGCCUCUGCCAUCUGUCAGAGUGGAGCCCAGGGAAUGUUUUUGUGGCGUCAUCUAAUGGCUGCAGUUGGUUUAUAGUUCAUUUGUUUGUUUUUUUUUUUUUAAUUUGUUUGCUCUUCAUUUGUUUUUGUUUUGCACCCCAUCCUUAAAGGAGAGAUUAUCAGUAUCUAAAGUAUGUAACAACUCCUAUACUACCUCCACUUGAAGACAGAAGUUAACGCAAUAAGAUUGUGUGUUGUAGGGAGUGGAAUGUGCAAUAUAAUUUGCAAUAUACCGAAUCACCAGCCUCCACCCCAGCUUGAGACAGCAAUAGUUGAUGUGGAACUGGAAGGUGUCAAGCCUCUGCUUCCACUCCUCCCUGCCUUCAGGAAAAGAAACAGUUUAUAGCUGGGUAUGGUAGAUCCUCCUGCAGAUUCCUGUGACCUAGACAUUGCUCUAGUUAGGGUUGAUCCCUACUAGAUGGCACCAAGGAAUUAAAAGUACUACCCCAAAGUACGUUCUGUUUCUUUACGACUCAAGCUUGAGAAUCUUUACCAACGAGCUGUAACAAACCCAACUCAAUUUGUUCUUCAACUGCUGAAUUUUAUUUUCAUGUUUUAUCUUUAGCAGCUUUGUUUUAACUCUCUUUAACUCUCAUCAUCGUUGAGUAUCUACAACAGAAAAGAGGAUGCUUGGCUGGUUCGGGGAGGCAAGAAUCCUCUCAAAUUCACAAGUACAGAGAAGAGAGUUGAGUAGCAGGUUAAAUACCGAAGUGUACACUCUGCUGUAUCUAUUCCUCCAGCAUAUUACUGGUUUGAUCCUUACUUAGUUUGCCAAUCAAGACACAUUUUAUGACAAGAUAUCUUUUUUACUUUUUCAUAUUCUUUCUGUGACUGGAAGUUUCUGCUUCUCUGUAGAUUUUUGGCCUAAAAGGCUUGAAUUAAUGUCUUGCCUUUAGACAGAUACUGCCAUUUAGAAGUGUUAUCUAAAAGACAUGCAAUUAAAUCUUGACCUCAAUUAAGUCAGCACAGAGUUCUCACAGCUCAGUGUGAUAAGCAGCUGUGGUUCUAUGAUUCUGAACUUUGCUGUGAUGUAUCACUUUGCCACUCAGCAUUAACACAAGGCACAUCUUUUUGAUAGUUUUUCAGAACCUUAACACAUUUUCCUGUUUCAUUCAUCUUCUCCUCUACUCCAAAAUCUAAUUAUAGUGUUUUCACUGCUGUCUGUCAGUCUUGACACUUAUUAGUGGAAGCAAGCAGAAAGAUCUGAAUUAUACCAAUAACCACACUUCUCAUUUCAGUCUUGCAACUCCAUUUAACUACCAUUUUUUCCCCUCAAGGCUGAGGAUGUGUCCCCAUCUGAACGAACUGAUGAGUGUCCCUGUGUAAGUAUACUGCAGGCACUAUGUCCUACUCAAAUAUACUCUCAGACCAGGUCAUGCACUUUUGCUUCCUGCUGUGGGCUCUUUUGGCCCUAGUUUGUGUUUGAAUCCUUGGGGCUAUAAACCACUAAGAAGAGAAAGCUGAGACCUUAGCAAAACACAGUGCGAGGCAGUAGGUGUAACACACUGGUAGGUUGUGUUAGCCAGAGUAUGGGCUAAGUGGGAUCCACAAGGGUGUAUGUGUGUCCAAAGGAAAUCCAUGGAACUGGGGCUAUGGAGUAUUGAGGGCAGGGAAUUUGUAUUUGGAGAAAACAAUUCAGUGGAUGCUUGAAAGGGUUUUUUCUUUUCCCCUUGUAUCACUUCUGUGUAGUAAAGGGAGUGUUCCGUUUAGAGUUUCUGUUGUUUUUUUGUAUGAUACUCAAUCAUUUUUUUCCCCCUAAAGACAUAGAUGAACAAAUCUAAGCAAAAGUUACAGUUACGCCUUGAUAAUUUUGAAACCUUAGUUUUGUUUCCCGUUUUGUUAUGAACAUUAGGCUGAGCAAAUGAAGCUAUGUAAUACCUCGUGGUCUGGCUGGAUUCAUUCAUGCCAUUAGGGUUGCUUUUCUUAGCCACAGUUAACAAGGGUGUAAUGGCUUUUAUUACAUUUUAUUAAGUUGAAAUGCAUCAAUAGCACUAAUGAUAAACAAUCAUGGUAUUUUAAGAGGAACAAUUCCCAGCACUUACUGCACAUGCCAACCUGAGGAGCUUUGGGGCAGCACUCGACUAUGGCAAUGGUAAUACAGAAUAUUUGUCCCUUACAAAUAUGUUUGUGCUGUGGCACAGAAUUAAGGGAACUGGUCUUUGGUGUCUGUAAUAAGUAGUAUAAAAACAUUGGUGAUGUAGCCUCCUCCCUUCAUCUCCCACUGAUUCACCUUGGGCCUGUCCCUGGCUUGGGAUGAUGAACUUUAUGCCAAACUGUAACUAAGAUGUGUGUUUCCUGGAAUUCAACCUCCUCCUCCAUCUCUAACUCUGAACUAAUAGCAUUAUCUAACUUAAUUAAUGAUUACUGAUUGACCAAUACCAACAGUAGUUUUAACAGAUCUUUUCCCAAAUAUAUGAUUAAUUGCUGUUAGCAAUGGACAACAGUUUUCUGCAACAUCCAGCAGAGAGACAGCAACAUUGUUUUUCAGCCAUAAAACAGGCAGGUAGUGAGACUGAAGCGGAUGAAGGUGAGCGUGUAUCUGAAAUGCAAAUUAUGAUGUGACUUCUCCUUUUGGAUUUCCCGGUGUUGCGCUAUUUCUUACAUCAGCAUCAGCUUGUUGUGCAAAACCUGCAUGACUGUCUUGCAGCAUGGAAGAAUGCAUCAUUACCUUCUUCCAGUAACCAGGUUAAACAUAGUCUUGAGGAAGCGAAGCAAGAGUUGCAAAGCUGCAUAUGGCAUUGGAUGACAAGGGGUUUGCAUGCUGUGUUAAUGGGCACGAAAUUGUAGAAGGGAAGAUGGGAGGGUUAUUAGACCUCGGUCUUGAUCAAAUUUCAGUAUUUAUUUUACAAUACCUACUUCCUAGAAAUGCUCAGUGGACCUUGGAUUGGACCUGAUUAAUUUGUUCCCAGUUCUUCAGCCAGCUCAAAUGAGAUGGAUCUUUGCACUUUGCACAGUGCUGUUUGAAGUCACUGGAGUAUUCAGCACAUGGACAAAUAGAUUCCCCCAAAGGCAGCUAUCAUUGUUGCAUUGGACUUUUUACUUUCUUUUUCAACUAGAAAAAGCAAUACUUUUCUGAAACAUCAAUAUUAAUUUUAGCUUGGAUACAGAAUCUAACAAACCUAAGAAGAAGAAAGUAGUCUGAAUAUUUUAAUAUUAUAACAAGCUAUUCACUAGGGAUUUAAGUGUAAGAAUCAUCUUAAGAACAGCGAUAAGUAUAAUAUUUAUUUAAUUCUCUUGUAUUUGCGGUUUGUUCUGCAAACAUUGACUGGAUGUUGAUAAGAGUUUACCAAAGCCCAAGUCAGUCAGUCACUCUGGUAAAUGUUGACUUGAAAUGAACUUGAACACGUUUAAAGAAAAUAGGAGCUUCAUCUGAUGACUGACCUCAUGGCAUGUGAUCUUUAUGAUCAUGACUAUGCAGUGUAGUGCUUAAUUUGCCAGUACAGGUGCAGAAAAAUAUCAGAGAUUAAUUCAGUGCAGUCAAGUCCUUGUUUUUCACUAUAUUUUCACUAUAUUUAAAUGGCUAGUUGCAAAACAGUGUGAUAGCUGGAGAAUGGUAGGAGUCCGGUCUGCCUAAAGGCAGGUUGGCUUCAUCUUUGUGUUUGUACCAUCUUCCGUAUGCAAACUUUAUGGGUUUAUACAAGUCUUGCAAAGUGCAAGGUUAUAUAUAAUUGGCAUAUCAUUAUUACUGAAGCAAUAUAUGAUUCUGUAGAUGUAAUUGAACUAAAUCCAUUUGUCAUGGAUAAAAUAUUUCAUAACCAAGCUAACACAAAAGUUAUAGAUACAAUAAGUAGUUGGAGUAACUCUAGAGCUCCCGUCCUUCAAAAAAACAACCCAGACAGGCCCCAGACAAACCAAAGCCAAGAGCAAACCCUCAGCUCAGACUUACCUUGGUGACAGGAGUGUCAAUGGGUUAAAAAAAUCACACGUGUAACUGAGGUGAGAAGUGAACUUUGUUGUGCUCUGCUUAAGCUGUCUGUUGUUUGAUGCACAGAGAAUGGCAGAAACACAUUACAUGCAGUAACAAAUGAAAGGAUUGCUCACUGACCAUCUGGCUGCAUUGCGGUCUAUGUGUUAUCCAUCUUUAAUAAGUGGUCUCUCUUGAAAUCUUUGGUCUAAUUUUAAUGAGAAAUUAAACACCUCAAAACAUCUGAAUUAUUCAGCUCGCAGUUAAAGGUAUUGGUAUGGGAAAAUAUAGUAUGGUAUGAAAUGGCAUUGUAAUAGCAGGGAUAAUAGUGCUUUUCCUGUCGGGAGGUGUUGAGGGCAUUGGGUUUAAAACCUAACUUUUUUGGUUUUUGAGAGAGAGCUAACGUCUCCGUUUCUGAAGGCAGUAUUGAUUUUGGACGACUCUGAAAUACAUUACAAGUAAUCUUACUGGAUCUGCAUAUGCACUACAGAACAUGUGGCUGCAACAACAGAGCUUGUAUUCCUGAUAUGCUAGACCAAAAGCAACCUGAAAAUAUUAUAAAGAUGAUGGAUAUAUUUUAUGUAAAAUAGAUGGAGAUAGAAAAUCUAAGAGUGGUAUUGUUUUAAAGGCUAACAAGUGCUGCUUAAGUGGAAAAUUAUAGCAUUUGCGUAUAGCUGGUGGAAGAAAGGGAGAGAUGGUUACGUCUGCCUUGCCUUCUGCUAGUCUUGACAAAGUGGCAAAUUGUUCAAAAGUGAUGUGUAUUCUGUUUUUCACCUUUCUUACAAAUGGUGAAGGUCAUGAACAAAGAUGAGUGUACUGUUCUUAUCCGGCUCCACACUUCCUUGAUUUGGUCUUGUCGUGCUGUAGAAAGAGUAAGUAUAUUCAGACAUGAAUCUACCUAAAUUCUUUUGGGAAAUCAGGGUUGCCUUGACUGAAGCAUCAUAUGGCUUGGUCCUCCUCUGUAGCUUAUACUCAGAGUCUCUUUAGAUUCCUUGUGGUGAAAGUAGUAUGGAUACUGGUUAUCACUGUUGCCUUUGUGCUACGAAGGAAAUAAAUGUGUCCAAAAAUAGUUAAAACCAAACCCUUGACAAAUGAUAAAUAACAGAAUACUUCUAAAUUUUACAGCAUAAUCUCCACCAGGAAAAGUUUGCAGACUGUCACUUUAUAUGUGUCCAUACCCAGCAAAUCUCUUUUGACACUGCUUUGGCCUGAGGAAACCAUUGGAAAAAAAACAUGAUAAAUAGCAAUCAAAUGAGACAAAAAUACAUUCCCAUGGAGAGUGCCUAACUAUGUUGGCCAAUUAAAUUCAGCAGUAGUAAUCCAACAGAUGAGCUCCAUCUGAAGUGCAGAGCUAGGAGAGUGCAGUGCACAUGUUCUUGAGGUUUCUCACUGUAUAUAGAUCCACUUUGCUGUGGGACUUGCUAGAUGGAGUGAUGGGACCAUAGCCAGAGCCAGCAUUAGAUGUGAGCGGUCUUCUGUCUUCCCCAGGAGCACACUUAAUAAUUUGUACUUGUACUGAUUUAGCAUAGCUAUGUCUUCCGUGUCAUACAGAUUCUUUGGCUACGGUUCAGCUUGCUCUGAGCUGUGUGUCAAAUUUUUAAUUUCAAGCAUCGUACUAGAGCAGAAUGUGAGGGGAUGUUUCCUCACUGGAGCCAGAAUUUGUUCUUCUGUCCAUGUCUAACUAAGUAAAAUUCCACAGUGCAAAAUUACAAAUGCAAUGCUACCUAGUUAUAAAACCAUUAUUUGGUUUCAUUUGGGCUUACAAAAAUCUUGGAAUGAAAUAGUAACUCAAAGAACUAUGUAACAAUCCAGUCUGUGUAAUAUUUAAUGACUCUUGAUUUAAAAACAACCCAAACAACAAAAAAAACCAACCAAACAAACAAAAUAGGAGUGGAACAACAUGAUACUGCUACUUCAAUACUACUUUUAUUUACUCAGAACAAAUACCUUGUGUUUGUUUAGUCUCUUACCCUAGCAAUAACUUUGGUUUCUUUGGCUUAUUUGAUUGUGUGUUUAUAUAGAUUUUUUGUCUAAAACGAAUAAAUCUUUGCCACCUCUCCCAGGAAGAAAAAAUGUCCCUAAGACAACUCAAGGUCUUAACUUGGCAUCCUGCAGUCUUGCCAGAACUAACACUAUCUGAGGUCUGGUGUCAACUCAAUAUAGUAGAGGGGGAAAAGGAAGCGUGUAUUUAUCACAUACCUGAAACUUGGUCACACUUGUGAAAUAUUUGCAGAGGCUUAUAGUUAUUUAAUGUGAAAAAAAACUUGGUCUUAGGAGCUUAAAAUAUUAGAGAAAACAAGCAAUAGCUGCAACUCUGUAUGCUAGAAUUGCUGGAACUGGCAAGCUGACUUAUCUGCAGCUGACUGGUCUUGGUGAAGGAUACUGUGUGUGGGAUCUGGAGGAAGAGGCGAGGGAAGGGAGCUUCUUAGGGAGCCAAGCCCUAUGUCACAUCAGUUAAAGGUUUUUUAUGUGAAUACAGGAAGGUAAUGGGUAUUAAAGUCAAUGCCACGAUCUGCUUCCAUUUUAACAGCCCCUUCAUGUUACCCUGAAGUGUCCUGAAGACACAAAUAAAACUUUUUUUGACUGAAAGGUGAAAUAGUCUGAUAAUAUUUACUUCCUGGAGAAAAAUCAGAAAAGCAAUGUGGCCUGGGUUUUGCAUUUUCUGUGUGAUUAACUGGAUGCAAGUCUUCAAAAGGAACUCAAGGAUCUAAAAGACUACUGACAGUAGAGCUUUUUAAAAAGCGUGGUCUACUGUUGGAUGAGUAAGAGAGAAGAUGUAAGAACAGCUUGCCACUGAAGAUCAAGGGACUUUAACAAGCAUGUUUCCUCUGUUCCUCCUGAGGUACAGCUGGUGGAGAUGGAGUGACUGAAACUGUCCUUUACAUUUACAAAUUUAUUUGGACAACGGAGGUGAUAAUGUCUCUUCUACGGAGGAUGUAAUGGAAACUACUGUUACAAAAUAUUUUUUUUGUAAGUUUAACUAUUAUUAAACAUUUCAUUCUCAUAAUGUUCUGAAGACAGCAAUGCAAAAAUCCUCCACACCAGGGUACCUGACACUCUCUAAAGCAGCUCAGAAUUAGAGGUUAAAAUUUAAUUAUCUUUCUUUUUUUUAAAAGGGCCCACAACUUCCUUCCUUUUGUUUUAUUUUUCCCUUACUUUUUUAACCUUCUUUCUUUAUUGCAGCCUAUAGAAAACAUAGUUGUUAAUUUCUUCUUGGUGGUGCUUUUAACUGUUAUUUUUCCAAAUCAAUGCUAACCACUUAAGUCACUUGAGAUGCUUUUUGGAUUUAUAUUCCCCUGAGUAUAUGCCCUGUUUCAUGUUAUGCAUCUUCCAGCAGUCUGUGCUCUUCAUGUGCUCCCAUCUUUGUAGUUCCUUACGGCCAUUUUGUCUACUUUUAUCUUUUGCCACACUUUUUUUUUAAAUAAAAUUUUAUAGUUUCCUAAGUAGCGAGUUGCUUUUUUCUGAGAGGUUGGAAAGAGCAGGGUUUUUUUCUGCUCUGUAGGAUUUCUGAGAUUUCUCAGGCUGUUUUGUUCUUUUUGCUCUCUAUAUGGCAGACCUUUAUGCUUUUUAAAGGCAAUUUUGGUUUUAGUGUCGUCAUCAUGACUGUAUCCUCCUAACCUUUUUCUCUCUGACCAUAUGGCAUUUGUGACUUCAGUUUGCUGUAAGUAAAGCAAGCAGGAAGAACUGAUUGAAUCUGGUCGGGACAAAUGAGAAGCUUUUUAUUUCCUAAUCUUUGACCUAGACAGAGGUUCAAAAAGCAUUCCAAAACUUGCUGCUUCCGAGCUCCAGAAACACAUCUUUUAGCUGGUUUAGUGUUUACAGCUCUGAAGCUGGAUUUCAUUAUGGUUAUCCAUGCCUCUGUGACUCAUGGACUACUUGAAUGUGCAGUGCAUUCCCUCCUUGCAGCUACGCUUGCAGGCAGCCGUAACGCUGCGGCAAAGCUGGAAUGCAAAUAUGUGCCAUUGAACAGUGGAGAAUAAGAAUGACAGCAGCCAGUCACUUCUUGAAGUGUAUCCAGAAACGAGUAAUGUUAUCCUUGUCAAAAGUCUCUCAAGGAGUUUAUGACUAAAACCUGAUGUGAAUCUUGCAGCCAGGUACAGUGAUCAAAUCCAGACUUUGUGAAUUAAGAAUAUUCUAGACUGUGCAGUUCCCUUGCAGUAACCUACAUGCUGUUUGGCAUAACUUUUAGAAGUAAUUGAAUGUAACGGAUGUGUGUGUUUAUUGCUGUGUAAUAUGCCCACAUCAGUAAUAAAGGUGUUUUUCCUUCUUUUAGGCAGGAAUAAGUCUAAUCUUCUUUUUCUGUGUUUUCGGUCUGUAGGUUUUUGGGAGGUGAGGUGGAGAUACCUCCAAUAUUUAUUUAUCUCCAGCAAUCCUUGACAUCAGUUAAUCACCUAAUAUUACCAAUGUUAGUAUCUGUAUCUACCAGUUAAUAAGCACAUUAAAAUGUAUUUUUACAACGAUCAGUAGUGACAUCCCUGUCUGUAUUUCUGAAGGGCUGAAAAGACGUAGUUAUGGGAGUGUUCAGUCAAAACAUAUGUAAACUUAAGGGAAAUUGUUAAAAAGGUCACAAAUUAAGAGUUGCUUACAUUAAUCUUUUGCCCUUUUUUUGCAUUUAUAAUAGUAAAAUGGCAAUGUAAAAUGAAAGUUCAAGAAGCUCAGAUUAUGAGGAAUUGUUUCCAGAAAUCAGAAUUUAAACAAAAAAUCAAACCAAAAUUAACCAGUUGUGAAACUUCUAAGCUUUAGCAUCAACAGUUAUUGACCAAACGAAAAAAUUCCUACUGCUUAAUUGUUUCCUCCUUGUUGUUUGCAGUAAUGACACAUAUAUACGCAUUGCAACUUUUUACUGGAAAGGAUUCUUUGGAGGGUAAGACUGGCUGACAGGAGGCUUCUUGAGAUCCACGAGGGGUAUAUUGCAUUGUGCACACUUCCUAGGACUUGGUUUGCCCAUGUGAAGGCUAGGAAAUGAGGAACAGGAGUGGAUCUUUGCUACUGGCUCAUUCAGCAAAAUGCUAAACCACAGCUUCCUAAGCUUUAAGGCAGUCAGUCUGACAAAGAAUGUUUUGUACGUCUGCUUCCCCAUGUGUUAUUCCUUUCUGUGAUAUAAAUUGCCUGAUUCAUUAGUUGUCUAAGAUAAUUUCUGCAAUGCCUCAUUUUGAUGCAUCAGAUCUGAGAAUAUUAUUCUAAAUUUUACAGUGUGAGUAAAAUUAAGAGAUAGCAAAUUUAAUUACAAUUCAUGUUUUCAAUCUGGGAAUAAUACAUAAAAUCUGGGAAUAAAGGUUUCAUUUUGCUGUUGGGAUAUCAAGAUUUAAAUGUAGCUUUAACUAUGGCCUAUAAAUUGCCCUUUUUCUACAUGAGGAUUUUGGAGCAAAAUCUGCUGAUAAUAAGUUCAAGUGUAUGCCGAUGGUUGUUGGCAUGAGAUAGAAAAGAAAACAAACAAACCAAGUCUUACUGAAGCUGGUAACACUUUAAACAGCUCAAGCUGACUCCUAAUCACUGCUGCAUGCAUCUGUCAGAUUUAACCUAGUAAUAAAAAUAACAGAGAGAAAAACACCCAGACUUGGAAACACUUACGCAAGAUGUGUCCUUUUUGUCAAGAAAUUCAGCAGUUUUGUUUAGUUUUGCUCAAAUAGAACACAAUGGCAUUAUUUAGUUGCUAGUGAUUUUAAAUUCUCAGAUGAAAUUUAUGUGCAAUAACAACUUUUGUUUUCUUCCUGGAACGGAGGUUGGGAUUUAAUGUUGUUGAUGGUACAGUCAUCUCUGAAGAC